CACUACGUCUGGUUUGAAAUGUGUACUUUAGACUUUUGAAUAAGUACAUAAUGUACUUAAAAGUCUAAAGUACAUUUUUCUUCUUCGCGUAUUCGUGGAUCACGCGUAUUUAUAGGCAUUGUGCCCUUGAAUUACGUACAGUAUUACGUAGCUGUUUCAUCAUAUACAAUAUAAGCCGAUUGCUAUAUCUUUUGCAUUUAUAUAUCUAAAUAGUGUACUUGUACAAUGAUAAUUAUGUAAUAUUUUCAGUUUAUUUAAUAGAUAAAAUAUAUUAUUAUAUUUUAUGUAAUCUAUUCAAUUCUGAAUAUUUUAACUUAACCUCACUUCUAAAAGUCAGUCUGUGGUAGACGGACGUAAUUUUUAGUGAUAAUAGUGAGUAAUAUGUGAUAACACUAUGGAAGUGACCCAAGCAGUUUAAAUUCAAUGCGUGUUCCUAUCGACCUAGCCAAAAAUCAGAGGGACCUACUGACCUCGUUAUGUCAUAUUGAUUGUUUGCAAGCGUUUUAUAAAUUAGUAGAUGUAGUACGUUUGGCAACUAAAUAAUCAUUGAAUAUGGCGAAGCGUAUAUUAAAUAGAAAUGUAUUAUUUUAUAACAAGGUUAACUUCCCGGUAUGGACUCGAUGUAUUCACAAUACAAACCAGAUUCAAACUAAGGAAAUACAGAUACCAGUGCAGUGGGGACAUAUAUCGGCAAAGUUAUGGGGAAAUGAAAACGAGCGACCCAUUCUUGCUCUCCAUGGAUGGCAAGACAACGCAGGCACUUGGGACACUCUAGCUCCGCUACUAAGUAAACACAGAUCUAUUUUAGCCAUCGAUUUCCCUGGACACGGACUGUCGUCUUGGGUGCCACCAGGUGUACAUUACUACGCAUGGGAGCUACCUCGUAUUAUUUUAUUCUUAAAAGACUAUUUUAAAUGGGACAAACUUUCACUAUUGUGUCACUCAAUGGGAUCAAUAGCUGGACUACGUUUUUCCUGUUUGUUUCCUGAUGAUGUAGAUUUUUAUAUUGCCUUGGACAGCCUCGUGGCGGAUGACUAUGAUUUAAAUGUAUUUAUAGACAGAUAUCCUAGCUUAGUGCGCAAGAUUAAUUAUCUACAAACUCGUUUAAAUGACGAACCUCCAUCUUAUAGUUUUGAAGAUAUCGUGAAAGUGUGGCACACUGGGACCAGAAAAUCGGUGUCUAUGGACAGUGCCCGUAUAUUGUUGAAACGUGGUGCAAAACAAUCCGCUAAAGAUCCCAAUAAAUAUUUCUUCUCGCGCGAUGCUAGACUAAAAUACACCUUAUUUACCCCUGAAAAAAAAAUGUUUGUUGAAACUCUUGUAAGGAAGCUGAUUUGUCCAACGUUAUAUAUUAAAGCAAUAGAUUCUCCAUUUUCUUGUGACGAGUUUUCUGUAGAAAUGAGAGAAAUUAUUGCCAAAAAUAAUGAAAAAUAUGAAUGUCACUUCUUACCUGGUACUCAUCAUAUACAUUUAAAUAACCCAGAGUUAGUAUUUCCCCUUGUUUUAAAUUUCUUACAAAAGUACAAUUUUAUUUCUGAAUGAUAUUAGGUAGAUAAUAGAUUACUCAAUAUUAGAUAAAAUUAUUAAUUCAAUCAUUCUCCUCAUAAUAGGAAGAAUGUUUAUAAAAAAUAACGUUUUUAUUCUUUUUAUAUUUCGGUGCGUGAUAUUUUAACACGAGUACUGUCCACUAACCUUACAGUUUUGA